GCUGUGAAGCGUUUCCUGAAGCUGGAGUGCAAAUGCCACGGGGUCAGCGGCUCCUGCACACUAAGGACUUGUUGGCUGGCGAUGUCAGAUUUUCGAAAAACGGGGGAUUACCUGAGGAAGAAAUACAACGGGGCCAUCCAGGUGACGAUGAACCAGGACGGCACCGGCUUCACGGUGGCCAACAAGAACUUCAGGAAGCCCACGAAAACAGAUCUGGUGUAUUUUGAGAACUCGCCCGAUUACUGCGUGAUGGACAAAUCAGCAGGCUCCCUGGGCACGGCCGGUCGCGUGUGCAACAAGAUGUCCCGCGGGACGGACGGCUGCGAGGUGAUGUGCUGCGGGCGCGGGUACGACACCACGCGCGUCACGCGCGUCACCAAGUGCGAGUGCAAGUUCCACUGGUGCUGCGCUGUGCGCUGCAAGGAGUGCGAGGACACUGUGGACGUGCACACCUGUAAAGCACCGAAACGGGCCGAGUGGUUGGACCAGACCUGA